CGCCAUUUCACGUCAUUUUAGARUAUGGUAUGGAYGAACAGCCUUUUGAAGUUCACUUAAUCAAAGGACCACAAGGKCUGGGGAUGAGUCUCACUGGAGGUGAAAUGGGAGGCAACGGACCUAUAUAUAUCAAAAGACUGGUUCCUGGAGGCUCAGCCGCCUUGUCGGGGCAGCUSCAAGUMAAUGACAUUUUACUACAGGUUAACGGUAAAAGCAUGGAACGUCUGUCUUACAGAGAGGCACUCUCAAUUCUUCGCAACUGCCCUCCAGAAGUAAGACUGCUGGUCAAACGUUCCAAGGGCUCGUCGUACCCGCCGUAUCCAGGCUUCCGCGGAAGUGUUAGCAGUUACGCAAGUUAUGGAAGCUAUGGAAGUAUGUCCAGCCUAUCAUAGCUGACAUCUUCAUACGGGAACUGAUUUUUUUUUUUUUUUUUUUUUUUGACUUUGCGUCACUUGCUGAAGUCACACAAAGCUAGUCUUUAGGAUAAUAUUUAGAUAGCAAAGCGAUGCCUUGAGAAUCUGGAAAUUGCCUGAACCUAGACACGUGGUUUUCUAUCAAAGCCAAACAAGAAAAGUGACUCCACGGCAGUUUGCGAUUGUAUAUCUUUUUUAUGGUACUUUGAAAAAAGCAGGUCGAUUUUUAACUYUCCUGUUUAACCCAUCAAGAGAAAAACAGUUUGAAAAACUCCUAGUUUUCUAGUGAAUACAAAUUUCAACCGUUUUUGUCGAGAAGACGUCUCACUAAGAAUAUUGCAAGCUGCACGUGGAAAAAUCACUUCAAGUAGUUCCCUGACACAAUCAUAACGAAUGAGCGGGAUUGUCAACAAGUCACGUGAUUGUCAAUUAGUUCAGCGUAAUGCGAGUUUAUUUGAUAUAAAUGGUUUUAUAACAACCAUUUGUAUCUAGAAUUUUUACACUGUUAGUAUAAAGAAUUCUCAUGCAACGGCAGCUUCAUGUGAAAAACCGGUUCAAACCAGUAUUCUCAUUAUUGGACGGGAAGAAGGACAUUGAUGGAAUCCCUGGGGGAAUCUUUUGUUAUUUUUUGCAUGAGCAUCGAUUGCAAACUACUUUAAGUUCAAUUUUGAGAAUAAUGAUAUUGUCUCGUCGAUUCUUGCUCUCCAGAGACUGCAACAGAGACAAACGUCGCUUUUUCGUCUGUUAGAUAAAGUUCCCUUUGCUUCUCAUGCAAGAAGUUAAAAAACAAAUUACUCAGAAAUCAUUCAAAKUAAUACUUUGUUCGGUGAACUGGAAUACUGGCGACUUUUCGAUCAACUAAAUACGUACAAAUGGUUAUGAACCAUCCAUGUGGGAUGUCAAUACAACUAUAGUGCCGAAGAUGCUUAAAUUCCUUAUACGCAUGCUCAUUAAUUUAACUUAACCGGUUGGUUUGUGAUCCCACAUGUAUGGUUCAUACUCAUUCUACAUGUACUUGUAUUCCGCUGUCUUUUUUUAAYGUYUCUUUYCCAAUUCAUUGGUCCAGAUACAACUGUAACGUCAGAAAAUGCGUUAAAAAUAGUAAUUGCCGAUAUCUUUUUUGAAUGAUGACAGCAUAUGACAAUGUAAUCAUUUUGGUUAAGUCUACAUAAAAUUGAACUUAUAUUAUGA